AUGGGUACAGCUGGUGGUGUAUUAGCCGGCGUAAUUCCAACACAUUAUAAUCCGGAUGAUCCUAUAACACUUUUUAUAAUUCAAGUUGUGUUGAUAAUUUUUUUUACUCGUAGUUUAAACUUGCUGCUGUCACGUUUUCGUCAGCCAAGGGUCAUUUCAGAAGUAGUUGGUGGUAUAAUUCUGGGUCCAACAGUCAUGGGUCGUAUACCAAAUUUUAUGGAUAGUAUUUUCCCUGGACCAUCACUACCAAUGCUUAACUUAUUGGCAACUUUGGGUUUGGUAUUGUUUCUUUUUCUCAUUGGUGUGGAAUUGAAUCCUAGUUUGAUAUUAAGAAAUGCAAGGAAAGCUAUCACUAUAUCUGCAUCUGGUUUAACUUUGACUUUUAGUCUUGGCAUAGCUAUAGGUUAUGGAUUGUAUAAUGCUUUCUAUACUGCUGAUGAUGCUACCCCUUUCACAAGUUUCGUAUUAUUCAUUGGUACAAGUAUGGCCGUCACUGCUUUUGCAGUUCUUGCCAGAAUUUUAUCAGAAUUGAAGCUUUUAAAAACUACAGUCGGAACUACUGCAAUCACCGCUAGUGUUAAUGAUGAUGUAAUUGCAUGGGUUCUACUUGCUUUGGUGGUAUCAAUUGUUAAUUCAACAAACUCGAUAAACGCUUUUUACAUUUUUUUAUUGUGUAUUGGUUGGAUCCUAAUUGUAGUAUUUCUAGUUCGUCCUUUGUUACUUUAUCUUAUUGUGGAAACUGGAAGUAAUGACAAUGGCCCUACUCUUACAAUGACUGCAUUCACUCUAACCUUUGUAUUGAUUUCUGCUUUUGUAACAAAUAUCAUUGGUGUACAUUCGAUUUUUGGUGGUUUCAUCAUGGGUGUAAUUGUUCCACAUGAGGGUGGUUUUGCUGUUGGAAUCACAGAAAAAAUUGAAGAUUUGGUCAAUGUUUUAUUCUUACCAAUUUAUUUUGCCUUAUCUGGUUUAAAAACACAAUUGGGUCUUCUAAGAGAUUUAGAAACCUUAGGAUGGACAGUUUUGGUGAUAUGUACUGCCAUGUUUGGAAAAAUAAUAGGUGUUGGUUUAGCUGCCAGACUUAAUGGUUUAACUUGGAGAGAAUCAUUGACCAUUGGCAUUUUUAUGAGUUGUAAAGGGGCAAUUGUUACAACAUUUCUUACAACGCCACUUGCACUGUUUGUUUAUCCAGAAAAUAAAAGAAAAUUAGAUCAUAGUGUAGAUGAAAAAGGAAGAAAUUCUACUUAUCAUAAUGAAUCUGAAACUACUUUACAAGGGAAAAGUGGCAGCAAAUUGUUAAUUGUAUUGAAUAAAGUUGAAUAUUUGCCUGCAAUGAUGACUUUGGUUCAAUUACUACAACCCAUACCAACUCCUCCAAGAGCUGCAAAUAAUCUGAAUGAAAAAUUCGGUGAUGGAAAAUCAAGGCCUUUAUCAAAUACAAAUAUCAACGCCAAUACAAGUCUCAGCAACAACAACGAUCUCACAAAUCUUUCCAAUGCUUCAAAUAUUUCAAGUGAACCAUUAACAAUUCAUGCAUUAAGACUUGUUGAACUUACACAACGUAUCUCUGCUGUCAUGAAAUUCAAUGAAUCUGAAGAAACUAUUCUUCAUGACCCCAUCAUGAAUGUUUUUCGUAUGUUUGGUCAACUAAACUACAUCAACAUUAAAGCAAAUCUUUCAAUUGUGUCUAUAAAUGAUUUUGCAAAUGAAGUUGCUGAAAAUUCACAAAGAAUAGGUCCUGAAAUGGUUAUAAUUCCUUGGAAUGGUGCUGGUGCUAUCAUUGAAGAUACCUCAAUUCCUUCAGUCGAUCAAAUAUUUUUAGGUCCAAAAGAAAAACGUGAAAAAAGAGAGACAAGUCCACAAAUUGCCAAUUAUGUACAAGGUGUAUUCAAUGAGGUAAACACGGCAGUGGGUUUUUUUGUUGAUAGAGGUCUUGGUGUAACCGUUGGUACAAUGCCUUUACAACCUGGUUUUCAAAUAAGCAUUGUUUUACUAUUCUUUGGUGGCAAUGAUGAUAGAGAGGCGUUGAAUUUUGUUGUUAGAUUAUUGGAUCAUCCCUAUGUUUCUGCAAAAGUUGUCAGAAUAUCACAUUCAACUGUUCUAACAGAAAAUGAUAAUCAUUCAUCAACAUUACCUAUCUCCUCCACUGAAGUUCAAGUGCUCAAGGCAGACAUUGAUCUUGAAACAUCAAAUGAAACAGAUGAUUCAUUAUUGAAACGAUAUUUUGGCACCGAGGAUGGUGCUUUGAAAUCUAAUCCACGUAUAAAAUAUUAUAGUAUAAAAGCUUUUAAACCAUUACGUGCAGCGAUCAAAGUUGCAAAAGAAUCAGUGAGCCACAAAGAUUUGGUGAUUAUAGGUCGUGGAAGGCGUGGUGCAUUGUUGACUCAUCGAGACGAAUAUCUUGAAUUAUUGAAAGAUUUAGGAAUUAAUCACCCCCAUAACAGUAAUAGGCGGAAGUGUUUAGGUGCUGUGGCCGAUGCACUAUUAUUAUCAAAAAUUGUAUCGAGUGUCUUUGUGAUUCAAGGAAAAUUGGAAGAUGAUAAAGACAAUGCAUCAACUUAUUCAUCACAUCAUGGCGAUGUAAAUCAUUGA